CCGGCGUCUCGCGUUCCCCUCGCCUUAUCUAUCACGCUGCUUUCUUCCGAGGCGGGCUUGGAUCGUCCAUCACUCACUGCUGCUGUUGGUGCUGCCGUGCUGUGCUGCCACCACCUACAUGUCGUAUACGCGGGCACGGGGUCAGGUGCCGACUCGUACACCGGCCUGCGAAGCCCGGAGGGAGAGAAGAGGCAUGAACCUACCUAUCAAUUUACGGAUUCGGUAGGCGGCUAGCAACUGGUAGAUACACGCAAACACACACACAUAUAUAUAAUGAGGGACUCAGGCGCCCUCUGGCUCGAGCAUCCAAGCGGGGAGACGUAAUGCAGCCUAUGCUCCUCCUACCUCCUUUUGUCCCACCCUCUCCUCAUCCUUGUUCUGGGCCUCCUCUACUUCCUGUGCUUGCUUCUCCCUGAUAUUCGGCAUGGUGCUGCUUCUCAGAUCCGGCGCCGCGGCGCUCGUGGUGGCGGCUGCGGCUGGCGAAGUGCUCGCUUCUGCUUCUUCUUCCUCUCCCGGGUCGACGUAUCAGAAUGGGACGACUCUCACGCAGCCGGUGUUCCGGACACUCGACUUGGGCUCCAUCAAGCCCCUGGGCUGGUUCAAGGACCAGCUCGAGCUCGCGGCCGCGGGGCUGUCGGGCAACAUGUUCGACUUCUACCGCUUCGUGCACGACUCGCGGUACAUUGGGGGGUCGACCGAGUACUCGGGGCUCGACGAGGCGUCGCCGUACUGGUUCAAUGGGGUGGUGCCGCUCGCGUUCGGGCUGGGCGACGCGCGGCUGCUCGGCCAGGCGCGGUACUACCUCGACUACGUCCUCGACCACCAGCAGCCGGACGGCUGGAUCGGCUUCGAGACGACGCGGGCCACGCGCGGGCUCUGGGCGCGCUGCCUGCUGCUCCUCGGCCUCGUCCAGUACGCCGAGGCCGACCCGGCCCAGACCGAGCGCAUCGUCGACGCCAUGCACCGCUACGUCGUCCUGGCGCACAGCAUGCUGAAGAAUAACUUCACCGGCCUCCUCGUGCACGGCAACGACACGUUCGACACGGCCGGGUUCGGCGUCGGCCGCACCCACGAGAUGCACAUCCCCCUACAGUGGCUCCUCGAGCGCUACCCGCGCAACAACUCGCAGGUCAUCUGGGAGACCAUGGAGCUCAUGAUCGAGGGGGGCGUGCUGUGGGGAGCAGACUGGAGGACGUUUUGGACGGAGGAGGCGUUCCCGAAAGUCUUAUACGACACCACUCCGUACAACCUGAGCUGGGUUUUCAUCCAUGGGGUGAACAUGGCGCAAGGCCUCCGCUACCCUCUCGCGCUGUACCGCAACACGGGGGACCCGGCGCUGCGGCGGCAGACGCGCAAGGCGGUGGACCUGGUGUCGGCGCACCACCGGUCGCUGGCGGGCACGAUCGUGGCGGACGAGUACGUGUCGGACCGGAACCCGAGCCGGGGCGCGGAGCUGUGCAUCGCGGCCGAGGUCAUGUUCUCGGCCGCCUACGUCUACCACCAGCUCGGCGACAACGACGUCGCCGACUGGGCCGAGCAGGUCGCUUUCAACGCCUUCCCCGCCUCCGUCGCCCCCGACUGGUGGUCCCACCAGUACGUCCAGCAGGAGAACCAGCCCUGGGCCCGCAACCUCAGCACCAACGAGCUGUGGUGGGACGUCGACUCGUACGCCAACGUCUUCGGGCUCGAGCCGAACUACCCCUGCUGCACCGUCAACCACCCGCAGGCGUACCCGAAGUUCCUCGCGGGCGCAUUCGUCGCGACCGACGGGGGCGCCGGGCUCGCGCACGUGUUCCUGGUCCCAGGCAGCGCGGGCGCCACGCUCGCGGCGCCGGGCGGCGGCAGCAACGCCGUCUCCGUCUCCGCCGACACCACCUACCCCUUCGGCGACACGAUCACAUACACCGUGUCCGCCGAGCAGCCCUUCGACCUGUACGUGCGGAUCCCGGGGUGGGCCGACGCGGGGCGCAGCAGCGUCAGCGUAUCCCCGUCGUCGUCGUCGUCGUCGUCGUCGUCGCCGCCUGUCCCCGUAUCCCGCGACGCGCGCGGCCUCCACCGGAUCCCCAUCUCCCCCCCCGCCGCCGGCAACACCACCACCACCACCACCACCACCGCGACGCUCCGCCUCGCUACCGCCCCGCGCGUCGUGCCCCGCGCCAACGGCACCGCCGGCAUCUACUACGGCGCGCUGCUGUACGCGCUGGCCGUCGAGCCGGCGCCGGGCGCGCCCGCGCGCUCCCCGCUCGAGUACCGCGCCGGCCGGCCGCUGCCCCCCGAGACGCUCGACGCGGGGGGCCGCGCCCGCGACCACGAGCUGGUGCCGCGGGACGGCGCGGUGUGGAACGUGGCCGUCGACCCGCGGCGCAUCCGCGUCGUCCCCGCCCCCGGCGGCGGCGACGGCGACCCGAGCCGCCUCCCGAACCCCGUCUGGUCCCUCGGCGCGCCCCCGCUCGAGCUCCGCGUCGCCGCCGUCGAGAUCGGCUGGCCCGUCGUCCGCGACGCCCCCGCCGACCCCGGCACCUUCGACGUCGUCCGCGCCCCCGGCGCCGCGCCCUUCGAGGCCCGCUUCGUGCCCUACGGCAGCAGCAAGCUGCACAUGGCGCUGCUGCCCGUCGUCGAGUUGGACGACGACGACGAGAUCGCCGGCCUGGAGUAGCGAGCGCCCCGGCCGCGGGAGCUUUCUACGUCAGACCCAGCCAACGUGUUCUGCGCGUAUGUAACUUAGCCUACUCGCUCACUCUAGGGAAGGAAUACGUGAAGAGGCAAAUGGCGUGGGAUAGUUGGUUAGACCGAUAGUAGCAGCACUAGGAGCAGCUAUUCCCAAGGCACAUGUUGUUACAUUUGAAACUCUGUCGUUCCCGCCAUAGCACUCCUAGUUGGGCGCCUCUUUUUUUUUUUCUGGCCAGCUGCUUUUCAGAUACCUAGCUUAGGCAGCUUUAGGCUUAUGCUGAGAAUUCACUCCGACCCGAGUAUCUCUUGUCAUAAACCGAAGAUCCUCUCUCACCACCCGUAAGAAAAGAAAA